AUGCCUCCAGACGCGAGAUACGCGCACGACUGAAAAUGUUAACGCGCUCUACCGGCUUCUUUUAUUCUCUUAACGUCGUUUAUCUCAUUGAACGAGGUUGAUCUGUCGUCGAUCGUUAUUUGACAAGGAGGAGCGAUUAGUGUGACAAACUUUAUUUUCUUUUCUUCACGUGAGAAACUCUCGUACUAUUUAUUCAUUGUUAUUUUUAAACGACGAUCGUCCAAGAGACAGAAAAAAGAACGUCGUCUUUGAUCCCGUGGAAGAUGUAAAUGAGAAAGAAGAUACUCGGAAAGACUUUUCGGUGACAAGGCAAGUGAAACGGACACUCGAGUGAUCUCGAAUAGUAAAUAAUCUAUCGUGAAGAGAGAUAGAGAAGGAGGGAAAAAGAAAAAGAGAGAGAGAGAGAGAAGAUUCGACGUCUAGCUUGUGCAGUGAAUCCUUCGUGAUAAUUUAUUCGGGCCUUCGAUCGUGAUGAAGCUGCACGAGAAGAAGGAAUCGGGUAUCCACAGGAUACAAGAGGUACCGCUCGAAGAGUUGGAUCUAGCAAAGGAGUACAACGUGGAGAAGACUUUGGGCGAGGGUAGUUUCGCCAAGAUCCUUCUCGCGACGCAUAGGGCAACGCAAACGAGGGUGGUCCUCAAGGCGGUUCAUCAGGAACUCACCACCGAAAAGGAUUUCUUUCGGGAAUUCCAUUACUCCUAUCAUCUCAGUCCGCAUCCUAGUAUACUCUGUUCUUACGCGGUUGCCUUCAAGGCCGAGAAAUGUUACUUCUUCGCUCAGGAAUACGCGCCGUUCGGGGAUCUAUCCGGAAACGUAAAAGCCGGAGGAUUAGGCGAAGAUGCCUGCAAGAGAAUCGCCGGACAAUUGGCUUCGGCUCUCGACUUCCUUCAUUCCAAGCAACUGGCACACCGAGAUAUUAAACUCGAGAACGUGCUGGUGUUCGCUCAAGACAUGUCCAAGAUAAAGCUCUGCGACUUUGGUAGUACGAAACGCGAGGGUAGUCUAGUGAACAAAAUCAGAUGCACCUGGGUGCCAUUUCAGCCGCCUGAGAUCUACGAGGUUAUCAAGAACGAAAGGUACGCCUGCAAGAGAAGCGCCGAUUGCUGGCAAUUCGGCAUAGUCCUCUUCGUCUGUCUGACGGGCAAUCCACCCUGGCAGAGUGCCGACCUGAUCCAGGAUCCGGAUUACUCGGGUUUUCAGAGAUGGCUCAAAAGACGUACCACCAAAAUACCACCUACUUUCCGACGUUUCACGCCACGGCUUUUGAGGUACUUCAGGCGAGCCUUCGAGCACAAGCCCGAGAAGAGACCGCACGUGACGGAGAUCAACAAAUACCUGAAAGAUUCUUGGUGCAUCAGCAAAAUCAGUCACAGUGCUACCUCCACGUCGGUCGACGUGAACGAGAGCCUAGCCAGGAGAGGCGACAGCCUUCUCUAUUUGGACACGAUCGUGGACGAUCGUCACAACGUCGACGAGAACAAGAACAAACUGAGAAAACUCUUAAACAGUUACGGUCUCGAGACGACGGUCGAUCAGAAGGUUGUAACGAAGAGAAUCUGGGAAUGGGUGAUGCAAUGCGAUUCCACCAUCCACGAUCCCAGUUUCAUAGGUGGAUUUGGUACGGAGAAUAUGUGAGAGAUGGUUAAAUCUUUCAGCGAACCGUGCUUGCAGAGCAUCAAGCAGGAACGCAAGUACAGCCUGGCAGAUCUCGACGUGCAAGUCGAGCGUGCGAAAUAAUGCCGUGGUGGCGAAUAAGCAUAGUAAGCUAUCGAACUGCAUUAUCCAUGACGUGGACGUCGAGUGCAAUUUCAUGCAUCGAUCACAUCUCCAACGUGUUCAGUAAUACCGUUUGAUAGACUUAAUCGACGGACCGAUAAUCGAUGAACUCUUCGCGUCUUUCGAAAUCGUUCAAGGGCGAUACCGAUAAAAAACAUGACGAGGUCGUAAGGUCGCGCGAUGCAGAAGUGUACGAGUGACUUAUCGACGAUGCAAGAAGAAGACGAGAGAGAGAGAGGGAAGAGAGAACAAUUACUUACGUUCUCUACAUCUUCUUCUCUUUUUCUUUCUUUAUUAGAUGUACGAAAGAGUCUAGUCAGUAGAUAAAAAUGAAUGUGAUAUAGAGGAUGAGUAGGAUGUAGUGAUCGUGACACAAUAAGGAUAACGAAGUGUCAGCAUGCCAGCCAAAGAGACAAUAAUAAAUGUCAGACGAAACUUAAUAGUCAAAUACCUGUGUCCUUGUAGUCAGUAAAAAAAAAAAAAAAAAACCGUAGAGAUGGAACGCGGAUUUUUCCGCGAUUAAGCACGAAUUUUAUCGGUCGCACCAAACUUUUCCUUUUCUUCGUGUUCAUUCUCCUUUUGCACGCGAUCGAGGUCAAGGUAUCAAUUAAUAUCCUAAAACAUUCACGCGAAAAAUGACGCUUCGACGAUUGGAUAUAAUUAUUAUUCGAGUACUAUAGAAGUUCCUUUGAAAUUAUAUUCGAUAAUCAAUAUGAUAUAUCGUUCGAAUUCUAUCAAAGUAUUACAAAAAAAGUUAUCCCGAAUAUUUAAACAACAAAUUCAGUAAACGCUAAAUAUCUUGACUAGACAGUUUUAUUCUAACGAGUAUGUAAUUUUGAAAAGCAGUUCGAAAAAAGCUCCUAUAUCGGAUUAAAUGAACGGACAAAGCAAAACGAACGCUGAUCGUGACUUGGAACUUUGAUUGUUGUCUAAUCGAUAGAAUAAUGCGUAUGUAUAUACAAUAUAUAUAUAUAUAUAUAUAUAUAUAUAUAUAUAUAUAUACACAUACACAGACACAUACACACACAUUAUACAUAUAUUCUUGUAGGAAUUUAUAGUAGAAUGUAGAAAAGUAAGAGGAUGAAAAAACUAGUGACGUUGUUCCUUAACGACGAAUGUAAAUAGAGAAGAAAAAUUAGAGAGCAACUCUGCCUAAAAUACAAAUGUCCGAAUGCCGAACGUGUGUGCACCGAAAAAAGCAAAAGAAAAAGAAACGAGAAGAAAACAGAAUGCAAUCGUUACGAAAAUCGCGGGAAAAACGACGAAUGGCAUUUUUGGUGCCGACUAGUAAGUACCUAUCGCUCCAAAAUUAAUACUAUCUUUUAUAUACGCUAUUUAAUUACCUAGCAUAUGACAAUUGGAUUAUAUUUUCUCGUAAAAAAUUUUGAUCGACAUCUCGACGAUUGUAAAUCUUGUCUCUCAGCAUGCAUAACUAUUUCUUGAUACUUAUACUCUUCAAAUAAAAACGAAAGAAUUAUUCUUGACGCGUCAUGCAAUGGCCGAUUGAUUGACACCAUUGCAAACUGCAUCUUUACAUACUGAUUAAAAAAGAAAAAAGAAAGAAAACUGAGAAAAAAAAAUGAGGAGAAACAAAAUUAAAGGGGAAAAAAAAAGAGAAAGAAAAAAAAAGAAAAAAAAGAGCAAAAAACGGCGGAAAAAAAAGAAUAAAACAAGCAAGCUUCGCGUCAAUUCGUUCCUUGUUGUACUUCGUGGGUCCAAAAGUGAAUCGGGAAUAAAAUAAGACGUAUUUGUGAUAAUAAAAGUACGUAGGAACGAUUUUGCAAGAGGCUACCUAGCGUAACGUUCGGUUUUCGGAUCACUAACAAAUAAAUGCAUCCUUAUUGCUAUCGAUGAGCUAUAGACUGGAUAUUAGAAAAGCUGUAAGAAAAACGCCUCAUGACCAUCCAUCGUUUCUAUUUUCAAUGCUCGCAUAGUGUAUGUUAAAUACUAUAUCGAAUGGUUGCGAGUCAAAAUCGAUGACGAACCCUCGUAAUAAUUAAUCCGUUAGAUUGCUCCUCAUUAAUUGGCACAAAUCACGUUAAUGUUUUUAUAUUCAUCGAUAUGUAUUACUCAAAGAACCUACAAUUAAGAGAUCACAGAAAUGUAUGAUGUCAGAACUAAUUAAUAAGCUUACGUAAUGUUUCGUUACAUAUCAAUGGCAUUAGUUACGUGUUUUUAAAUAUAUCGACGUGUUUGAUAACGUCUCUAUUUAUUGGCACGGCGAGUAUAAUGUUCUUUUUCUUUUCUUUUCUUGUUUUUUUUUUUUCUUUUUUCUUUUUUGUUCUACGUACGACCAAAAGAGAAAUUUGCCAAUAUUUUAGCGCCAAGUUUUACAAGGAUUAACAUGUUUCUGACGCCAGCCUAAUUUUGAGAGGUUCGAUGUCAUCGAUUUUUGCACACUACGCGUACGAAACGUUGGAAGAGAACGAUUAUUGUAAAUAGAUGUGUGAGCGUACGCGUGCCAAACACUCUCGGAUCUCAAAUACGAGGAUUUCCGAGCAGGUUUGUCCGCUUUUCGAGCGACGAGACGAUUUAGAUGUAUUAAUGCGAAGAAGAAAGUCGAAAGUUUGCGUACACGCGUUUCUACAUUUGUACGUUAAUCCUGAAGAUGUUUCAGUAGGCAAAACUCUUUGUAGAUCCUUUCUUAGAAGAAUUUAAACGCAAGAGGGAUUGAUUUUAAAGAGCGGCGGCGAAGACGACGAUUGGACUACGUGGUGCGUGGCCUCUGUUAAACGUCAAGCAAUGUUUUGUAUAUAUCGAAAUAAACGUUGAAAUUGUAUAAAACAGUUA